GACCUAUCAGCUGUUUUUUCGCCUCAAAACAAAGGGACAUAAUCGAAAAAAUUUAAAGGCAUCAAGUGUUAGAUGUUCUUUUUAAGAAAAACUCUUCCACAACCAAAUAUUAAAGGCUUGUUUAUGUCUUUUUACGCUGUAGCUCGUGGCCAUAAUGUUGGCAUUUAUGAUAGUUGGUCCCAAUGCGCAGAGCAGGUUAAAGGAUUCAAAGGUGCUAAAUAUAAGAAAUUUAAAUCACGCCCAGAAGCUGAGGCGUUUGUGCAAAAUACAACAGGAAUUGUUGCUCCAGAAACAUCAAAUUCAACACCGGAAGAUUUCUGGCCAGAAGAGCAAACUAUUGAGUUAAACUCAUUAGAAGAUUCAGAGCUUCUUGCUGCUGUAGCUGCUUUUGAAAAUCAAUCGAAUGGUGAAACACGCGCGACGAAUAAGAGAAAAUCAAAUACCGAUGGAGAGUCCAAGGCCAAACUGAAAAAGCAUCCUGUGCAUGUCUCGAACGUUUGGAAACCCGUAGGAUCUCAAAAAAUCAAUGAAUAUACAUUUGAAAUAGAUUCUGAGGGUUACGUUAUCGUCUAUACAGAUGGUUCAUGCAUCAAUAAUGGACGACCGGAUGCUUGUGCUGGUUUGGGAGUAUAUUUUGGGGAAAACCAUCCUUUAAACAUGUCGCGCCCAGUCACAGGUCGAGUUACCAACAAUGUAGGCGAAAUACAAGCGGCAAUUCACGCUAUUAAAACAGCAAGAACUUUUGGUAUAGAAAAGCUGUGUGUUAGUACAGAUUCCCAAUUCCUUAUAAAUUCAAUUACAAUGUGGAUUAAUGCAUGGAAACAAAAAGAGUGGCGUUUGAAAAAUGGAGAACCGGUUAAAAAUGCUGUAGAUUUUAAAGAGCUUGAUGAAUUGUUAAGAGACGACAAUAUGAAGGUGAAAUGGAAUUAUGUCAAAGGUCAUCACUGCAUUGCUGGUAACCAGAUGGCAGAUAAACUAGCGAGAGAAGGUUCUGAUAUGUAUAGGCGUUUGAAUAAAACUAAGUAGUGAAAUAAAUUAAAGCUUUUUUUUGUGUA